UUGUUGUCUGACUGAUAUCUCCCGUCUGUACUGGUUCGGAUCGCCAUACACACAGCAGACGCCAUAUUUUCCAACAGUCAAUUGAGAUCGGAGACAUGAUGGAGUCGAAGCGAUCGUUUCCAUUCGUGGCCGGAUGCCUCGUUUUAUUGGUUAUCGGAUGCUGCCGCAUUUCCGUCGACGCCACUCCCAAUGGCGCUCCGCCAGAAGCUUGCGCAACGAUGACUCCACAACACGGAGUGGACUGGCAACAGAAGGAUUGCCCGUUUGAAAUCAUUGUUGAAAAGUCGACCAUUUAUGUGGGCGAAAGUCUCAAGAUUCAGUUGGGAAUCAAAAGCGGAUUGGAAGCCAACGACCCGUUUUCUCGUGGAUUCAAAGGUUUCAUGAUCAUGGCCUUUGACGCCGCUGGCCAGAAUACCGAGCCGCUUGGCAUUUUCGAUGGGACAACUCCCAAUAGCGAAAUCCAGACCAUGGACUGCCCAACUCCGUCGAAAGGUCCCAACUACAAGGCACCAAAGUCUGGCGUAACCCAUACCAAUAACGGCUUCAAAAAAUCCGUCGAAGUUCUCUGGACGCCACCGGCUGAUCUCAUCGGACCCAUUAUCAUCUCGGCGACUUUUGUCCACGAGAAAGACGUCAUCUGGGUCAAAGAAUCUUCGAGACCCGUUCAAAUCGUUCCCGAUCCAGGGACAACUUCAACCGUUCCGACGACUACCACUGAGGAAGCAACUACCGUAUCAACUACCACGGAGGAGACAACAACAACCCCACCAACGACGACUACGCCAAAGCCAACAACACAAGGAGCGGCUUCAUCCGUCGCUGGAUGGACGCUGUUGUUGGGUGUUGUCACGCUGAGCUUUUUACUUUAACCGGCAACCGAUUGGGUAUGAGAUUAUGUUAAAUCUGUUUGUUUGUUUUUUUCUUUUUCAUUGUUAAACUAAGAUGAAGUAUACCCGGUGAGAGGCAACAAGUGUUACAUCAUAAUAAAUUUCAUUUGAAUCAA